GUUCGCAGCCGUUACGAAGGCCCUUUGCUACAAUUGAUGUCACUCGGCGUAGUUUGAGGCCCCUCCAGCGAUGUCUGGGACCUAACAGAUGCUCAACCACUGGCAUGAGGUUGCCCGGAACAGCGUGCGUACUUUACUGAACUCCAGAAAACGAUCGUCCCAAGAAGACAGCCACCCAACGACUAUCUCCCACUCCCAUGCCUCACAACUGCGAACACGAAGGGCUCAGAUGCCCGAGCAGCCUACGCGAAAGUAUCUCACUAAGAACGUGAGGAUAUAUGUGAGGGACAAUGACAAUGUGCAAAGUGAUCCAAUACCCAUUGAAGAUGAUGAAGAGGAAUUGGUCGUCGAACGUCAUCCCCGUAUCUCGAAGUCGCGCCACGAAACACCACCCACCCUUAACCACAGCCCAUCCUCGACCAGAGACACUCGCGGAGAACACAUGGCCGACUAUUUCACUGUCCCAACAAGUGAAAAGCUGGACUUGAGACGCCGGAGAAGAUCAAUCUCGAGUGAAGAGUUCAGGCUGCUGGGUGGAUUGACCAAACGUCAACCUGGUCCUACGACUGUACGAGAUCCGAUGAUGAGAUCCUCUGCUGCGGUACGUCCCUAUCGUUUCUGUCACAUCUCAUCUCUGACGUGCUUGCAGCUGAGGUCUGGCCUCCGACCAAUAAACACUUUGGAAGAUCCACGUCCACCGGCACGAUCUGGCCACAUUUCGUCCACAACUCACCCGGAGCGACUUCCCCAGAACCACGAGUUCUCAGUGUAUGAACGGUUUCAGGACAAUGAUCGCAGCCAUCCCAACAAGCGGCGCAGGACUGAAGGUCCACAGGAAGAAGGGAACACCAUUACGAACGCAAUCAGUCUUGAUGACAGCCAGCCAGCGGACGACUCUGCCGACGAGCUGAGACUUAGCCCCACAUACAAAAAAGGAGGGAAUGGUGAACCACUUCGAGGCUAUCGUAGACCUGUGGAGCAAGUUCAAGGCGCUCCUCAGCUACCGCAAAGCCCGAUCGAUGAUCCCUCCCCAAAUGACGAAAGUGAGUUCACUAAAACUUCAGCCAAGUUGAGAAAGGCUGCGAAAGAUCAGAUGCUGGGAAGCUCUUCGCCAGGGCGUCUUGAUCAGGCCUCAUCAGUUGCCGUCGCUUCUCCCUACUUCGGCAAGCCGGGAACUCCAUCAGUGCCGAACCAAGAAGCACGGAAGCAGAGUCGCCGCAAAGCUCUGGAGCAGGAGAGUCCAGAUGCACUUCAGAUGGAAACGCCGCAGACUCGUGCACAGUCUGCGGCCCGAUCUGGAAAGAGUCUUCAGAAUGUGCGCGCAACAGAAUUCACCCAUCUAAUACUUGGAAGCGAUCGGAGUACGACUAUCACCCAUCCCAAAAAGACUCGGAGCAAGCGACAAACUCAGGGCUUGGAAUCCUACAAACUACUGGAGCUCGCUUAUCCCAACUUACAAACCGACUCCAUUUAUGUUCUGCAGAUCGAUGAGCAGAGAAAGGAACUUUCGAUAAAUACUGACCUGGAGGCGCUUGGAAACGACCCUGUGGCCCGCCCUUUGCAUUUGGAAAAGAUCAUCGAGAUCAAGCAUGGAAGCGAGUGUGGUAUCGUCGGUCUCGACCUUUCGCGUAGUGACAAAAACGACUCGAAGGUGUAUCUCAGGUUUGAGUCACAGAAGCCAGCAUGGCAUUUCGUAAGGUCGCUGCAGACACUUGUCUCAAUACCGAAGGUCUUCCCAAAAGAAGAUGCCUGGAUGGAACGUGCAUUAUCACGUACCAAGGAGAUUAUCGCUCGUGAGCUCCAGGAAAAGACCAAAAAGCGAACUCUUGUCCUUCCACGAACCGCAGAACAGCGCAUUUCCAGUUCGAAGACGUCGCCGCCUACAAAAGCAAACACAGCGGAGAAGCGUGCCCGCCUCGUAGAUAGGUUGGAUGCGCCUCACUCAGGUCCGAUACAACGUACAGUCGUUUCUGGUGCUGAACGAGGAGGUCUUCAAAAAUCUGGGCAACGCCCUAAUAGCUCUAACCGACUCCGGUCUUCGCCAGAUGCUGAGACUUCCAGGAAGGUGCACCAAGAUGCUAAUCCUUUGAGGAGAGUCACACGAUCGCAGGAACCACGCAAAAAAAGCACAAGUGAACGAAGUCCAGAAGACCGUCAGAAUCAGACUAAGUUGGCAGAUCUUGACAUACUAGGAGACCCCUGGAAGAACGAUCUGGUGUAUCAAAUCAAUGACAAAAGAUCUGGAAGCGUGCCUUUCGAGGACCUUAGCCGCCUGGGCCACGAGGAGUACCUCAACGACAACCUGAUAUCCUUUUUCGUGCAUUACCUGCAGACCCAGCUCGGCAAGGCACAUCCCGAGUCGGUUGAAAGAAUCCACUUCUUCAAUACGUACUUCUUUGAAACCUUGACCAAAACCCCUCGGGGGAAGAGAGGCAUCAAUUACGAAGGCGUCAACAAGUGGACAAAGGCCGUCGAUCUCUUUAAGCGCGAUUUUGUGGUUGUCCCUGUCAAUGAAAACUUUCACUGGUAUCUUGUCAUCAUUUGCAACUUGCCCUACUUUCUACCUGACCAGGAAAAGGCUGCCCAACAGGGUCUCCGUCAUUCGGAAGGCCGUGAUGGAUCCGAACAGCCUAGCGAGGACGUCGGCAUGACAUCAGACGCCCCUACAGAAGAGACGCAGAAAUCGUUGGCCGAACUGUCCAUCAGUGACCACGAGGGAAAUCGCCAACUUCAGACCAAGGUCCGAUCCAAAAAGAGUCCGGGUCGACGAAAGAGCGUCCGACCAUUACGCAAAUACGAGACUGACAAGCCUGUCAUUAUCACGCUCGACUCCCUUGGCACUCCGCGUUCCGCUACGUGCUCCAUUAUCAGACAAUACGUGGUUGCGGAAGCCAAGGAUAAAAAGAAUCUGGACAUUGACUCUGGCCAACUUCGAGGAAUGACAGCCAAGGAGAUUCCUACACAAAGCAAUUUUAGCGAUUGCGGACUGUACCUGUGUAUGUAUCUUGAGCAAUUUGUUGCAGAUCCCGACAGAUUUGUGUACAAUAUCCUCCAGCGAGAGGAUAACACGCACCAAUGGCCCGAGAGGAUCCAAGGACACAAGUUAAGGAUGAGGUUGCGAGAUCUACUACUCGAGCUUCAUCGACGACAAGAACAGGAAGAAUCGGAGAUGGAGAUCCCGGAAGUGGGAAGUAUCAUGAUAGAGAGAAAGAAAAGCUCGGUGUCGCAAUCAGUCCACCCAGUUCCGCCGACAAAGAAAGAGGUCGAAGAAGCAAGACUGAGAUUGCACAGCCUACACGAUGCUCGAAACUCGACCGACGCUGACGAUGCUGCUCAAGCUGAGCACAGUCAGGCUGCCAAAGUCGAACGUCUGACUAAGCGCUCCAAGGAACCAGCUGGUGCCCGAGACGUGGUCUCGCACGCAGAUGAAGGAAACCCCAGUGAUCAAGCCGUGGGUGACCUGGCGGCUGAACAGAUCGCCGCGCCCAAAUCUACCGGAUCAAGACAUCAAGCAGCCUCCCGUCCAGUAUGUAGUGACGAGUCUUCAAAAAUUGUUGUGCAAAUCCAAGCAUCACCGUUCACCGGCUCGCGGCCCAAAGAUCCUCAACCAAAGGCCUUCUCGCAUUCGAGUCCGGGUGAAUUAGCCGAGCACCUUCGACGCGAGAAUUGCGCAUGGGAUUCGAACGAGAGGCAGCAAACCAGUUCCGACCAAACCCACCGGAAACGGCGGGCCAGAUCGGCGAGCGCGUCGACCGAUUUCCUCACUGGUGCUCAAAGCUAUGCCGAACCCAACGUUUCGAGAGCAGAAAGUCCAGGCCUCCAAAUCAUUCGGGAGCGGACGAUCCCAGACGCUGAAGCUAUACAUGGUCGGCGCAAGAGGAUGAGGCACGCAGAGGCAUCGGAAUUUGAGCCGGAAAAGGCAGACGCGGGAUUCGACGUGGCUGCUGAAAUUCCAGAGACUCAAACGACCAGUGCAGAAACACAUGAACCUAGAGAGAUUCCGAUCAAAAAGCAGCAGGUCCUGCGCUUUGAGGUUUUCGAGGAUGAGGAUGCAGGGCCAUCUGGAGAAGCUGGGAAGGCAUAGAAUGCCACUGAUGAAGACAACGAGAUGCUCAUACACUAAAGGCGGCUAGGAGUGGGCUUUUCUGUUCGAGUAGCAUUUGGCAUAGCAUAGCGACGGAGUUUGGAGGAGUAAUACCACGGUGUCCAGCUGUUAGGAUGGACCUGGAUCGUCCGAUCUAGACUACGGGAAUGAAUGCUUUUGCAGGCCGUCGCACCGGCAGUGUCAGUGAGAAAAAUCUCAGGCGGUUGGGUGCAGGUGUCGAUGUUCUCGGCUGGUCUCACAGCUCCCGCUGCCUCUGAGGGAACCAGUCGAUGGGAAUGGGAUUCACGGUUUGAAUCGAUCAGACGAGGCAAUCAAUUCGAAUCGCAACCAGACCGGCGGAUUUUCUCGAACGAUUAGAGUUGAUUUCUUG